AUGCCCAUGGACCCGAGGAACCACACCAGCACAUCUGAAUUCAUCCUGCUCGGACUUUCAGAAAAACCAGAGGUGGACACACUGCUCUUUGCUCUGUUCUUUUGCAUGUAUGUGGUCACGGUGGUGGGGAACCUGCUCAUCAUCCUGGCCAUCAGCUCGGACUCCCACCUCCACACGCCCAUGUACUUUUUCUUAGCCAACCUGUCCUUGGUUGAUUUUGGCCUGGUCACCAACACUGUCCCCAAAAUGCUGGUGAACAUUCAAACUAAGAACAAGUCCAUCUCCUAUCCUUGCUGCCUGACCCAAAUGUACUUUUUCCACUUUUUUGGCAUUGUUGACACUGUCUUAAUUGCUGUGAUGGCUUAUGACAGGUUCGUGGCUAUCUGUCACCCCUUACACUAUUCCACCAUCAUGAGCCCACGCGUCUGUGGCCUGCUGGUCGGUGUCCCCUGGGUGUUUUCCUGCUUCAUCUCCCUCACACACAUCCUCCUGAUGGCACGCCUGGUUUUCUGUGGCAACAAGGUUCCUCACUACUUCUGCGACCUCACUCCCCUUCUUAGACUUUCCUGCACCGACACUUUGGUGAACAGGAUCUUCGUGCUCAUCGUGGCCGGGAUGGUGAUAGCCACACCUUUCAUCUGCAUCCUGGCCUCCUAUGCUCGCAUCAUCGUGGCCAUCAUGCAGGUCCCCUCUGCAGGUGGCAGGAAGAAAGCCUUUUCCACCUGCAGCUCCCACCUCUCUGUGGUCGCCCUCUUCUAUGGGACCACCAUUGGGGUCUAUUUGUGCCCUUCAUCUGUCCGCACGGCUGUGAAGGAGAAAGCCUCUGCUGUAAUGUACACUGCGGUCACCCCCAUGCUGAACCCCUUUAUCUACAGCCUGAGGAACAAAGACCUCAAGGGGGCCCUGAGGAAGCUCAUCUACAGAAAAAUCACUCCAUCUUCCUAG